ACUGGGAGAACUAUUGUCUCAUUGUGGAGAUGAAGAGGAAGGUGAAGAAGAAAAAGAGAGACAACAUCUGAGCAACAGGGGUUGCCUUUGGACGGAGAUCAUGAUGUUAACUGCCCCCACAUCAGAAUUAAACAGCCUGGGGUCUCUACCUAACGAUGCCCAGGAAACCACUAUCCAGAACAAAACAGGAAGGAGGAAGAAGAGCAUGCUGAAACAGUCAUGGAUGGAGAUCACCAUAGCCUUCAUGAGGAGGACCAAGGUCCACGGGCUGAAGUUUGUCUUCUCCCCAGACAAGACCUUACCCCAGCGGGUCCUCUGGCUCCUGGCCUUCUUUGUGUGCAUGGGUCUCCUGUUCACCUGGUCCUGGAACCGCAUCCUCUACCUGAUGUCCUUCCCGGCCGUCACCAAGAUCAAGAUGGUGUGGGCUCACAACAUGUCCUUCCCGGCUGUGACCUUCUGCAACCACAACCUGUUCCGGGUGUCCAGUCUGACCAAGGCUGACCUAUACCACAGCGGUUACUGGAUGGACCUGAUGCAUCAGAACCACACGGUCAUGGAGAGGAGCCUGGCUCUUCUGAGGGACAACCACAAGUACAGCCUCCUCAACCUGCUGGACUUCAAUGGCUACACCCCGUCUCCACAUUACCAUGUCAACACAACUGAGAUGAUUGGCAGGCUGGGCCACCAACUGGAGGACAUGUUGCUGGAAUGCAGGUUCCGGGGGGGGAACUGCACCCAUCAGAACUUCACCACUGUAUGUAAAGUAACGUAGUCUAGAGAUAUAGAGACCAAUGUUUGAGAGGUGUUGUUGAUGGCAUUUUGUGUACAUGGUAAUGAUAAUUAAUUCAAGGGUGUGUUUGAAUGAUAUUCACUCUAGCAGGUAAUCUCUAGGCAGGAGGAUUGAAGGUAGCUGCUGGUAUCAAGUCAGAUGAUUUGUCUGGUCCUUGGUAAACAUGCCAUGUCUUUUUGGUAACACUUAUUUGAAGGGUCUGUUAUAAAACAUUUAUAAGGCAUUUAUAAAGUGUGUGAUCACUAUUUAUUAAGCAUUAGUAAAGUACUUUUGCAGCCCCUAGUCUAAAAUGAGCGCUAUUUAUGCUUUAUAAAUACUUUAUAAAUGUUUGGAGUCUCCAGUGUUAUUUCUCACAAGAAGAUUGUCAUGCCAUUGGUAGACAUUCCAGCAGUACCUGGUAAAAGAAUAAGCACACA